AUGAUGGGAAAUACACCACUUCACAGUAAGCGUCGCCUCUCUGGUGACGCCGAGACGAUUGCUUGUGACAAUACACCACCACACAUUAUUAUGGAUAUUCCUAGCAAGCGUCCUACGUUAUCUGAACACCAGGAUUCCCCUCGUUCUGCGCCCAUCGGCACUGGUUACGAUCGUGCAGACGUUGACAACAUGGCCUGGCUAUUUCAUGGUGCGAGCCUCCAUGAUGCGGAGCAUUCACCUCACUCUGUUUGCGUAUCAUCGGGUCGUCCUACGUCCCUUCCUGUACCCUCUUCAGCUCAUGAAUUACCGACUGGCGGGUAUAUGGACACUUCCGGCGAUUCGAGAGAACUGAGAUCCUGUUCCGGGAACGAUGGUGAUACCCUACCUUCUGAUGUUGAAAUGACCACAAGUACUCCACAGAAGCACUUACUUCCCACAGUCUUCCGUUGGAAUGGUGGUGGGCACGAGAUUUAUGUUAGUGGAACAUUCAAUAAUUGGCAAAAGCGCAUACCGAUGGCUCGAAGGAAAUCAGGCCACGUCGUCAUUGUUGACUGUCCUCCGGGGAGGCACGAGUACAAAUUCUUUAUCGACGGUGCCUGGUAUCAUGAUCCGACUAAAACUUUGAAGGAUCUGAAUAAGGGUGCCAUGAAGGUUGCCGCUGAUUUGCGAAAUUUCUUUCAGAAGGAUCCUCUAGGUGUGAAGAUGAUCAAACAUGUGAAGGACUUUCUUGUCCUUAUGAAGGAUACUGGACGUCGUCUUCAGAAAUACCCUAUGCCCUGCACUUACAAGUCUGAAGAUGACGAUUAA